UCACCGUAGAAGAAGAAGAGGCUCCAGUAAAGAUGGCGGCUCCGUGUGAUUACGGAACAGAAGCAUUGAACUUGACUCGUGUUUAGAGGCUGUUCGUGCGGCUGUCUGCCGGAGUGAGGAUGGCUCACCGCUACCUGCGGCUGGCAGCCGGCUGCAGGAGCUGGUUCCGGCGGCUGCCGCCCUCCGGCGCCCCGACCAGGCUGGUGAUGUGUUCAAGUACGGUGGGACAGGCGGACGGUGGGCGGAGCCUGCUGAGUGACCUGCUGGGAGUGUACAGGAGGCUGAGCGCCAAACCGCCUAAAGGGUUCGAGAAGUAUUUCCCAGAAAAUCAGAAAUCUCCAAAAACCCCUGAAGCUGAAACCAAAGAGGCCAAACCUGCCAAUGCUCAGAAGGCCUCUGGGAGGUCAGGAGGAGGAGCAGGAGGAGGAGCAGGAGGAGGAGCAGGAGGAGGAGGAGGAGGGGGAAAACGAGGAGGCCGUAGGGAGGAGUCCCACUGGUACAGCCGCCUGCAGAAGGGCGAUGUUCCCUGGGAUGAUAAAGAGUUUCGGAUGUACGUCCUGAGCGGAGCGGCGUUCUGGACCACCGUCACCUAUUAUUUCUUCUUCAGGGACGGAGGGCGAGAGGUCACCUGGAAGGACUUUGUCAACAACUACCUGUCCAAAGGAGUGGUGGACCGGUUAGAGGUGGUCAACAAGCGAUAUGUCAAAGUGGUUUUCUCUCCUGGGAAGACGCCGAUGGACGGGCAGUACGUGUGGUUCAACAUCGGCAGCGUGGACACGUUUGAGAGGAACCUGGAGACGGCUCAGAACGAGCUCGGCAUCGAGGGAGAGAACCGGCUGCCGGUGGUUUAUUCCACCGAGAGCGACGGCACGUUCCUACUGAGCAUGCUCCCCACGGUGCUCAUCAUUAGCUUCCUGCUGUUCAUGCUGCGGCGGGGCCCGGCGGGGGCGGGGCGUCCCGGCCGGGGGAUGGGCGGGCUGUUCAGUGUCAGCGAGACGACCGCGAAGAUCCUGAAGGACGAGAUCGAUGUGAAGUUCAAAGACGUGGCGGGCUGCGAGGAGGCCAAGCUGGAGAUCAUGGAGUUCGUCAACUUCCUCAAGAACCCCAAACAGUACCAGGACCUGGGGGCCAAGAUCCCAAAGGGGGCCAUCCUGACGGGGCCUCCGGGAACAGGAAAGACACUCUUGGCCAAAGCGACGGCCGGCGAGGCCAACGUGCCGUUCAUCACCGUCAACGGCUCCGAGUUCCUGGAGAUGUUCGUGGGAGUCGGCCCCGCCAGGGUGAGAGAUCUGUUCGUCAUGGCGAGGAAGAACGCGCCCUGCAUCCUCUUCAUCGACGAGAUCGACGCAGUGGGACGCAAACGAGGGCGAGGAAACUUUGGAGGGCAGAGCGAGCAGGAGAACACGUUGAACCAGCUGCUGGUGGAGAUGGACGGGUUCAACACGGCGACCAACGUUGUGGUUCUAGCAGGAACCAACAGACCGGACAUUCUGGACCCGGCGCUGAUGAGACCCGGACGUUUCGACAGACAGAUUUACAUCGGUCCUCCUGAUAUUAAAGGUCGGGCGUCCAUCUUUAAAGUUCACCUGCGUCCUCUGAAGCUGGAGGUCGACUUGGACAAUGAAGCUCUGGCCAGGAAGAUGGCCGCCCUCACACCUGGGUUCUCAGGCGCAGACAUCGCUAACGUCUGUAACGAGGCGGCUCUGAUCGCCGCUCGCCACCUUUCAGACGCCAUCAGCCAGAAACACUUUGAACAGGCCAUAGAGAGAGUCAUCGGAGGUCUGGAGAAGAAGACUCAGGUCCUGCAGCCGGAGGAGAAGAAGACGGUGGCGUAUCACGAGGCGGGGCACGCCAUCGCUGGAUGGUUCUUGGAGCACGCCGACCCGCUGAUAAAGGUGUCCAUCAUCCCCAGAGGGAAGGGUCUGGGUUACGCUCAGUACCUGCCCAAAGAGCAGUACCUGUACACCAAGGAGCAGCUGCUGGACCGCAUGUGUAUGACCCUGGGAGGCCGAGUCUCCGAGGAGAUCUUCUUCGGACGAAUUACCACCGGAGCUCAGGACGACCUCCGAAAGGUCACCCAGAGCGCCUACGCACAGAUCGUUCAGUUCGGGAUGAAUGAGAAGGUGGGUCAGGUGUCCUUCGACCUCCCACGGCAGGGUGAGAUGGUUCUGGAGAAACCCUACAGCGAAGCUACGGCUCGUCUCAUCGACUCCGAGGUUCGAAACCUCAUCGGCGAGGCGUACCAGAGAACCCACGAACUGCUGAGCAGCAAGAAGGCCGAGGUGGAGAAGGUGGCGCUGCGGCUGCUGGAGAAGGAGGUUCUGGAUAAGAGCGACAUGGUUGAGCUGCUGGGAAAACGCCCGUUUGCAGAGAAGGCGACGUACGAGGAGUUUGUCGAGGGAACCGGAGGCAUGGAUGAGGACACAACGCUGCCAGAGGGUCUGAAGGACUGGAACCAGGAGAGGAAGGACAAGGAGGAGAGCCCGGAUGAGCAGGUGGCCCGCCAGAUCUCAGGCGGAAUGCCCUUCUAGAACCUUGUGAUGGACGGCUGAACACCCAAAUACUGACCCAUCAAUUUCACGUGUCAUAAAUAUCGGAAUUCUGCAAUCCUAAUCACUCACGAGGUCGAGAACCUUCUCACUGACUUCAAGAGUAAACAUCAAGAGCUCUGCACUUGCUCCUAGAACCUUUUAUCUGCACUUAACACCAAAUCUUCACCCAGUAAAGUUCUUAAACAUUCUGUUGGAUGUCUGGUUCUACCACUGUCCUAAACCCCGCCAAGCUCUCCCACACUUGUCUCCAUCUUCGAGGUCUGAAACCCUCUAUGAGACUCUAGAACCUUUUCUCUGGAGUCCUGCACUCACCAAACCUUCUCCUCAUAGUUCUGCAACUUUUACUUAAGGUCUGACCUUGUGGAACCAUCUCAUUUAGAUGGAGGGAACUUCAUACAGAACAGAUUGUUCUAGAGUUGUGAAGGAAGUACCCUCCUAUGUGUGGAGGUUGAGAGCACUCCCUCCAGUAUGGGGUUCUAGAACACAACAUACAUGUACUUCUAAGCUGUUCUUCAUGAGGAAGGACUCAGCUUAUGCUACAUUAAAUCUCCAGACUGGAGAAUUACCGCUGCAUCCAGAACUAAUUCACCAAGUUCCAAAACAUUUCAGCGCUGAGAACUCUGUAUAGAACUUCAACAACAGCUCUAGAACCACAGCUUUCUCAGAAAAUAUAACUAGUCUUGGCUAAUAUUAGUUUUUCUCUACAAAAAAAUUCUUCUCUGCAUAGAAACCUUAACAACGGUUCUAGAACUGGUGUCUUUGUUGUUUGUGCUGUUCUGGGGUUCCCUACCUUGAGGUCUAAAAUGUGAAGUUCUAAACCUUUGCUCCAAAGUGUUCCCUACAAUCGACAAGUCUUUUCAUCACAAACUAGAACCAGUUCUGACUUAAAGAACCUGGCACUGAAUUCUGGAACAUUUCUCUCUAAAGAACUGAUGUCUGCAGAGAACUCGAGAGGCAUUCUCUGCCCUAGAAAACUUGCUCCACUGCAGGGUUCUGACACCAUCUACCUGCUUUAGAACCUGUAGAACCUUCCAGCUGACUUCUAAAAGAAAAUGUUUUCCUGGUAACUGCAUAGAACUCAACCAACCAUUCUAGAAGUGUUCUCUAUGUUGGGAUUGGAUUACCAAAGCAGGGUUCUAGGUCAUUCACAUCAGACACUUCUAGAAAGUUCUUUACCUGUUGUUCUACAAUCAACUUCUGUUACAGUAAAUCUUUUCAUCAUAAAGCAGAACCAGUUCUGACUUAAAGAAUCCUAGUUAAUUGAAUGUCCUCUACAAAGGAAAUGUCCUAUGCAUAGAACCAUAGAACUGUUCUCUGCUCUAGAAGCCUUACUCUGUUGCAGUGUUCUAAAGCAAACGUACUUGCAAAACCUUUACUUCAAGCCCGACCUGUAGAAUCGUUUGAGCCUUUCUGUAUCCAUAGAACUCCUGUUUAAGGUUCUAUCUUCGGACUCGGCAGCCGCUGGUUCCUCGCCUCCCGCCGAACUGUGUUCUUUGGUUCCAGCAGAUGAUGGACAGAACGGUACUGGAGCAGUUCUUACAGUUGAUCCUUCAGUAGAACAAAGAGAAUCAGCAACUCUGACUCGCACCAAAGGAGUUCUGCUGCAGUGAAAGAAUAAAACGUAGUCUGCAUUUUAAUCACGUAUUUAUCGACCGUUAUUGAUCCAGAAAAUAUUGAUGUUUUGUUUCAUCAUGAAAUGAAUGUUCUGGAAGACUUGUGGUUCUAUCAGAGAUCUUCAUCAUCUUCAUGGUAACCGUGCUCAAAGCUAACAGUAACACAGAGCUGCUGGAGAGCAACGCUAAUAUCAAAGCUAAUGUUAGCACGUGGAGGAUUAAAGCAGAACUUCUCAGAGAGCUGUUGAGAGCCGGCGUGCUGUGUGACGUGUGCAGCUCGUGCUAACAUGCAGCAGUCUGCUGUAGACGUGUAAUAUGAUGUGUAAUAAUGUGUAAAUGUGUUUCAUGAUUCAGAUGUUUUAAUAAAGUCAGAAGACACAAUAAAAAAAUCAGUAAGCUGUCAA